AUGGCAACACCGGCUGCAGGAGGCACCCUGCCCACUCCGGAGGAACAAUCUCCUCCAGCUCCUUCGCACAAUGUAGCAGUAUUUUUCCAUGGUUUCUUCAAGGUGGUGUCAAUCGUCUGGUAUUGGAUCUGUACUAUUGUCAGUGACUCUUUUGUGGUCAACUUCGUUGUAUGCAUCGUCCUGUUGGCUCUUGAUUUCUGGACGACAAAAAACAUUACCGGACGCCUCCUUGUGGGGUUACGAUGGUGGAAUGAGGCAAACGACACAGGAUCGGCUUGGCGGUUCGAAACGCUGCCUGAGGGCGUUCGGACGAUCCUACCACGCGAGAAGCGGUUUUUCUGGUUAGCGAUACUGCUAGCGGCGGGGCACUGGAUCCUUGCCUGCGUUUUUUGCCUCUUUGGGGCAUCCUCUUAUAUCAUUGUGGCCAUUAUGGGGCUCGUGUUCAACGGUAGCAACCUGUGGGGCUACUUCAAGUGCAGCCGCGAAGCGCAGGCGGAUCUCCAAGGCUACAUCAACAGCACGUCCAACUCCAUCGUGCAGGGAGCCAUCAAGCAGAAGCUUAGCCAGGCGGCUAGCCGUGUGUGA